CGCCGCUAAGACGAGUACAAGGUAUUCUUAGUGGUCGAACAGAGCGCAACUCCACCCACAUACAAACGCGACCCCUAUCCAAAACACACGCUCCCUCUCCUCUUCCAUUAAUCAAAGUCUUCUCCUUCCCCUCAGGCUCUCCGCCAAGGCAGUACAGAGAGAGUGCCGACCAUGUCUAAGACGAAGAAGCAAUUGAUGUCAUCAGCUCCGUGGAGGGUGGAAGAAGAGGCGGAAGCUGAAUUCCCAGAAGGGAAGCUGAAAGUGACGAGCCAGCCAGGGUCGACUCCAACCAUGCACGUCCCUCGCAAGAAAAACAAGCGCUCUCAAGACCAAGACGAUCAAGAUUCUCUUACUGAGAUUGACCCUGAGCUCCGAUACAGCUUCGAGCGCAACUUUCAGUUCCUUCAACGGGUGUUUAGCAUUGACACUGUCGUGAAACCUCUUCCGCCUGCCAUGGCAUACAAUGUCUCCCGCAACUUGAACUUCUUCACUCGUAUCUUCACACAGUUCUUUGAUCCUGAAGGUAUUGCAAAUGCGCAAAAGUCACUUGGGCUAGGACAGGAAGAAAAAGUUCGUAAAGUUCGUUGAUGCAUGUCGAGGAAUCUAGAGUUGAGCUAUAACAUUUUGUAAUCUAGUUUUGAAUCUGUUUAGUUCUGAAAGUUGUGUCCUAAUAUUGAGAAAUUUGAUCUCACAAUUUUAACGAGUCAGGUUGGGGUUUGAAUUCUUAAAGCCCUGUAAGAUAAUUUGGGUGCCAGGAUAGUUGUUAGAAUAACAGGUUUGACAUAAACACAACAAAUACGACCCGUUGGCCAACCUA